UAAAUUUCUGGUACCAUAUCCAUCAAUAAGCAAUGUUUACUUAUAAAGAAACAGUUUUAUGAAAAUGACAUGACUUCACUGCUUAUGAGCUUGAAAAUAGGUAACAAUGGUAACAAGGGGAUAGUAUUAUAUGCACAAACUAGGGAAAAUAAGCAAUAAUUUACCAUUAGCCAUGUACUUAAACCACACACACAAAAUUCACCGAUUUGGAGCCAUGUAAACACUCACUUCAUUCUUCUCCUGGAAGCGCAGGAAUUUGGACCUUGAUACGUCUCCAGCCCAUGGACAUGUUGUUGAGUCUGUUCUCAUCAAGCUUAGCCAUUACAAGAGAUAAUAAUUUAUUAUUGGUAAAAACAUGUGAAAUGAUGCCUUUUUAAAGAUUUGUUUUACAAAACUGGUGGAUUUUAUGUGAAUCUAUGAUGCAUUUUGUGUUCCUGUGUUGUAAGAAACUGUUGCUCGAGAACCGGUAACCUUUCAACCGCUGUCACUGUCAAACUUUGUUGCUUAUUUGGAAUUACAACACUGACAUCUCCUUUCAAGUUCAUGAAACCUGUGAAGAUCCGGGCUACUUCCAAACUGCUGAAAGCUUAUCCAGACAAACAGAGGAAUCAGGUUUUAGACAUUCUGUUUAAGCCCAACUUUGCAGCCUCACUCCAGAUUCUGAAAGUAGAGAUUGGAGGGGACUCUGAAAGUUCUGAUGCAACGGAGGCCUCGCACAUGCACAACAGCUGGGAUGAGGACUACAACAGAGGAUACGAGUGGUGGAUGAUGGCAGAGGCUAAGAAGAGAAAUCCCAGCAUCAAGCUGUAUGGUCUGCCCUGGAACUUCCCGGGCUGGAUCGGCAAUGGCACACAAAACCCUUACAACAACGUGGAUGUCCUGGCCACAUACAUCAGGAAGUGGAUUCAGGGAGCGCGGGACGUCCACAACCUGACAAUAGAUUACAUCGGGAUAUGGAAUGAACGGGCUUGUAAUACCACUUACAUAAAGAGGUUGAGACGGGACCUUGAUAAACACGGGUUCUCUCAUGUGGGUAUCGUGGCAGGAGACAAUGGAGCAUGGGGAAUAGAAAACGACAUCCUGAAAGAUGCCGAUCUGGCCUCAGCUGUAGAUGUUAUUGGAGUUCACUACCCUAGGAAGGCCACACCUGUAGCGGCACUGAAGACGGGAAAACUACUGUGGGCAUCAGAAGACUACAGUGCCUUCAACAAUGCUAGGGGUGGCGGAAUCUGGGCCAGGGCCUUAAACGAAAACUAUGUUGACCGGUAUUUAACAAGCACUAUUGCCUGGAACCUGAUUGACUGCUACUAUGAAGGCCUGACCUGGGACCGAGACUCCCUGAUGACUGCCAGACAGCCUUGGAGUGGCAACUACAUCAUAGAGAGUCCUAUAUGGAUGUCAGGCCACACCACCCAGUUCACGAAAAUAGGGUGGAAAUACCUGGCUCAUGGAUCCGGAGUGGGUCCGCUUGCACAGGGAGGGACAUAUGUCUCACUGGUCAGUCCUGACACCAAGGACCUCUCAAUCAUCAUUGAGACAAUGACACUGAACCACUCGUUGUGUACAAGGGAUGCAAGAUGCUCCCCCCGGCCUGUUGGGCCACAGACCAUCACGCUGCACAUUGGGGGAAGCUUUGCUGCUGUGUCUCAGCUGAAUGUGUGGUACAGCAAGCUGGGUUUUGAUGGUAAACAGUCGGUGUACUUCAAGCACUUGGAUCCUCUAAAGGUGACUCACGGUGUGGCUAGCAUCAGUGUGGGCCUGGACGAGGUGUACUCACUGACCACUCUCAACACAGGCCACAAGGGAGACUUUGGGCAGCCACCUCAAGCCAAGUCCUUCCCUCUUCCCUAUGUGGAGGAUUUUGAUGACUAUCCUGAGCAUGCUGAGCCCCUACUCCUUGCCCAGCAGAAUGGUGCAUUUGAGGUGAUCUCUGCGGACUCCAGCAAUGUGAUGAGGCAGAUGGUGAUUGAGACACCUAUAGUAUGGUGCCAGACAAACUUUGAUCACUAUACUGCUACCAUGAACGUCAUCGGCUCUGCUGACUGGAGUGACAUAUACAUAGAGUCUGAGGUGCGAGUUGGCAGGGUCAACGGUACACACGGCAUAUACAUCGCAGCACACAUCAACAACACUGGAUGCACCUACUUCAAGGCUAGAGGCAUCUUCUUCUUCAUCUUCCCAGUCAGCAGGUCCUACAGUGUCUCCGCAGAUAUUGAGAGACAGCACAUAUACGAUGAGGGAGCCGCUCCGCAGCUUAGUCAGUACGGCUGGAACAAGAUGUCGCUACUAGCCCAGGGAAGUCAUGCUGUGGGCUACAUCAAUGGACAGGUUGUUUUCAACUUGACAGUUGCUGCUGAACCUGCUCGUGGCUUUGUUGCAGUGGGCACAGAUGUAUUUGGCAUCGCUGACUUCGACAACCUGAAGCUGGCCAGCAGUAUGGCCGAGGCUGACCAGGUCAGGGGCAAGAGUAGUAGAUAUUAUAACAGUCUUCUAGAAACACACAGUUCCAGAAGCAGCGAUGAAAAGUUGAAUUUCAGACCAGGAUUUCAAUAAAUAGUAAUUAUGGGUCUUUAUGUCAGUGUCAAUUGCUGUAGGUUCCCACAUAUAUAUAUAUAUAUAAUGUUUUUCUCAGUAUUUUAGUUUUUGUUCUUUUUGUUCAGUAGAAUAAAUAAUUGCUGACC